UAACUCCUUACUAGUAUUGCUCAUGUUGUUUACACUUGAAAUGAGGGAUAAUUUUUAACAUAAUUGACAUUUAAUUUUACUUUAAUCUUUUCAUUUGUUUUAAUUGCCAAUUUAACCUUCUGUUUUGUUCAAUUGUUUUUCAUGGGUUGAUUGUUGUUAAGUGAAAUCAUUGUCCGUUUCUCAUCUUUCUCUAAACCCAUCCAAAAAUCUUCCCUCGUGAUGUGAAAAAAAAUGUGUAUUUGAACAUUUCUCUAACAUUUGAACUACAGUAAUAACAGUAAAAAAAACAUGUCAAAUCGCCAUAGACAAAUUAAUAGUUUACGUAGUUAUUUUCCAUUAACUACAAUUAAGAGUGUCGUCGAUUUAUUUCAACGACUAAUUGAUUCAAAUCAUCAGCCUGAUUUAACUUUUCUUUCCAUCUUAUUGGGACACAUUGAGCACACUUUAACUUGUGCUCAAACUCCUCUUUCACCUUCUUCGUCAACCUACUCGUCUGAUUAUUUCAUUAAACAAUCAGAUGAUUCUGGAAGUGUAUCUGGUGCUAGUGGUGAUGUGGAUACCAAUGGUAAUGGUAAAGGGUCAUCAGCUUCUUUCAUCUCCGAUCAUACAGCGUCCUCGAGUAGAGAAGAGUUAGAAAUACCUCCGGUCAAAUGGGACCAUGUUGAACCAUUGUACAAAAAAUUUAUCAGCCAAAUCAAAGGCUCAGUUGAUCAUCGAGAUCAUCCUAAAAAGACAUCACGAGAGUUAAUCAAAAAAGUUAUUGAUGCAAUUUGGUCUAAUCUAACGAGAGGUUAUUACACAAAUAAAGCUCAUCUUCAAACUUUGUAUUCUUAUACUAUGGAAGAAAAACUUGACCGUUUUGGUGUUACACUUGCGAUUGCUGCUGCAUGCCAAGUAUUAGAGCUUAAUGAUGUCCGUCUGGCUUUGAGUGAAGACCACGCUUGGGUUAUUUUUGGAGAGCCUGGAAAUGAACAAACCGCAGAGAUUUCAUGGCGCGGUAAAGGAAGUGAGGAUAAAAGGGGACAACCUGUUGUCACAGCAAAUUGUUGGUUGUAUCUAAAUGGUUAUCCUGUUUUAUGUACACCAUCUAUGAUAGUUUGCGCAUUAGUUGCUUCUAUGAAUCCAUCCAUCAGCACAGCUAGUGAAUCUGAACAGUUAGCAUCAAUACAACAAAAACUUUUAUGGGUUCUUUACGAUAAAGGUUUGUUGGUUAAAUAUCCUAUGGGUAUUGGUAAUCUUGGUGAUUUAGAAGAAGUUAAUCCGACACCAAAAGCACCCAAAGAUGCAAUCGGAUUAUAUCAAGAAGCUAUUGAAAUUAAUAAGAAAAUGUACGAUAAUCAGCAUGUUUAUCCUUACUGUUUCCUGGCAAGUUAUUAUUUUCGUAAUGGACGUUUCAAGGAAGCUCUCAAAUCAUGGGCUGAUGCUGCUUCAGUCAUUCGUUGUUAUAAUUAUACCCGAGAUGAUGAAGAAAUUUACAAAGAAUUUCUUGAAAUAGCUAAUGAUCUCAUUCCACAUAUGGUUAAAGUCGUCUCAGCUGGUGGAUGCGAACCAAGUAAAGUUUCAAAAAUUCCUCUCCUCCAAGAUCCCGAAUGUUUUGCAUCUUUGCUGGCAUUUUAUGAUGGACUUUGUGGCUGGGAAGAAGAAUCUCCUACACCAGUUUUGCACAUUGGCUGGGCUAAGCCGUUUGUUGCCACAAUCUCAAAAUUCACAUCCCAUGUCCGUAAUAAAGCACAAAUCAAAAUUAAAGAUGUUGAAAAGAAUCUUAAAAAUCACGAUAAAAUCAAUCAAGAUUGUACAGAGGGAAGUCAAUCAGAGCACAACACUUCUGAUCAAAGUGAAAAAAGCAAUGGUCCCAAAACUUGCAACUCUGAUUCAAGCACCUCUAAUGAUGAGCCUUCGAAAUCUCCAACCUCUCCUAUCCGAACUCCUGAUGAAAUAAUUAAAUCUAUUGAAGAAGAUUUAAAAGAAGAUGGAGAAAGGAUUGAACAGAAUCUGAAAUCAGGUACAUAUGACAAAUCAAAGGAUGAACUUGACCCUCAAAUUGUUAAGAUGGCUGCUGAAUGUUCAAAUCCAAUCCUUAACUCUGAAACACUUCUCAAUAUUUCUUGCGAACCAAAUUCAGAAAGCAGAAACGCUUCUCAACCGGACCAAUCUGAUGAAUCUGAGAAUGAAAAGAAACACAAGGAAACCAGCAAAAAUUUCAACACCAAAAACUCAACAACUUCCGAAGAUAAAAGUCAUCCGACUAGGGAGAGUAAUGGUCACCAUGAGAAUGGUGAAUGUAUCGUUUAUCUUCAGAGUCAGAAAAUGAUUGGAUUAAAAGAUUUAUUAUUAGCAGAAAAAUUGAAUACUUCUGCAAUCCAAUUGCAGCUUACAGCACAAUCUCAGGUUCAUAUUUCUAAGCGACCCCGACUUGGAUCAUUUGGCUCAGGUCACCAAUGCCAAGGUGAAUUUGAUUUUCUUGCAACAACAACCAUUGCAACUACUCUGUCCUCAGUCUCAGGAGUCAGGUCAAGCAAAAGGACUCGUCGGGACUGAAAGUAAAUCAAAACACAAUUAUUCUUCACGAUAUAUCUAAUGAUAUAUUUCUUGCAUUUAUUUACCUUUAGUCUUUUCUUUCAAGAUUUUACAAUCUUUGCUUGAUUGUGAAGUUUGGUUUUUUUGCUUUUCACCUUGUUGUUAUUUUAAGUUAUUUUAAUUUUUUUAAUUUUUUCCAAUUUUCCCAUUUUAUUUCCUUGGAAUGACCAAAGAAACCCUUUACUUUGUACAUCCUCUAAUUGUCAUCUUUUCCGUUUAUGCAUCUUCGAUCAUUUGUUACGUACUAAUACGUAUUCUUAUUUUAAAAUUUAGUCCUUCUCAUGAUCUCAUGAUCAUUUAAUUGCCUCCAAUAAUCUCUCCCAUUUAUACCUGUGAAAGCAAUUGAAAAGCCAUAUAGUUAGCUAAACCAAUUUACUUUCAAUGCACUGGUUAUACUUUUUUGAUCUUCUUAAUUAGCAUAUUUUUUAUGUUGAUUAAAUCAUUAACUUUAACGUUGCCAAUCGCACUAGUUAGAGAAGAAACCAUUUAAAUAAAAAAAUCAUGUUAAAUAGUAUUUUCAAUUGCUUACAUCCUUUCACUCUAAUUGCUAUUCCAAUGUUAAUCUUACCUUGAUUGUACAUUUCAAUUGAAUUAAUUCAGACUUCAAUUAGUGUAUCGCAAUUGAUAGACUAAUCUUCAUUACGAAUUAUUGUUAUUUUUUUGUUCAUUAUUAAUCAAUAUGAACCAGCCUGAAGCUAAAUAUUUUAUUUUGCUAAUUUUUGUCAAAUAAUUCGUUAUAAAGAUCAAAAUUGUAAGACAUUUUCACAAUUUAUUAAUUAUUCUUUCUUUCCCUCAACAAUGUUUCAAACAUUGACUUCAAUGGAUGUUUGCUCUUCAAAACAAGAAGACAGAUUAUGUUGUUUUAUCAAAAAAUUAUGCUAAAUCCUUCUUCUCAAUUGUAUGUUCUGUUAUUAAUUCAAAUAUCAAAAUGAGAAUCAAAUUCUAAUUUGAUGUUAUAUUGUAAAUUGUUUUUUUUGACUAUACAAUUGCUGACAAAACAAGGGAUCUCUACAAUCCGUAAGGUGAAACCAACAAUUGAUCCGAUAAACGCUGAAGCUAAGAACGAGGACAGUCUAAAUAAUCGUCAAUGACCAUUAUCCAGUUGCGAAGUCUUGUACUGUUCAAAUAAAUAUUCAAUUUAUCAAAUGGAAAUCUAAUCAACUGAGUUGAAAUGUAUCUGUAGAAUUGAAAAAAUCCCUUAAAAUCUUUCAUUGUCACACAAAGAUUGAUUAUUCAGUUGGAUAAUAAUAUUGUAAGAACAAUUUAGAUUUGAUUGCCAUGAAAAGAGUAAAAAUAUUUUUGUUACGUUGACCAAUCAACUGAUGAAAUUACAAGUCAUCAGUUGAUGAUGUGUAUUAAAAUCUGCAAAUAAAGAUUAAAACAUUGGAA